UCAUUUUUGACACGAUGAAAAUCUUUGCGUACGCUUGUUGUCUUCUCUCUGCUCUGAGUGCGGUGCAGAUGAAGACUGUCAACAUAGAUAAACAUGUCGGGGAAAAUGUGACCAUCAGAUGCUCAGGCUGGGACGUCUUGAUGUAUGUAGAAGAGAAUGUAAAGUACUUUUGUUCAAGUCCUUGUACAGAAGACAAACACAUUAUCAUCAAAGCAGAAUUUGGUUGGCUCAACAGUAAGGAUCGAAUUAAGUUAUUCAACAAUGGAGAGGUUUUACUAGUGACCUUCACUGAUCUUCAAAAGUCAGACGCUGGAAAAUAUUAUUGUGGAGUGGAGAUAGUUGGGAUAGAUGCAUACAUAGAGGUGAAUGUUAACGUCAAGGAUGCUGAGCCUUCCAGUCCCAUUAAGACUCCAAUAACAGUCACUGUUACUGUAACAACAACCAGCCCUGUUACAUCUCCACAUGUCUCUGAUGGUUUUACUGACAUGUCUACGACAAACCAAACCUUAAAUACCACAACACUGCCUGCAUCUGUGACAAAAGGAGCUGGAAAUGUUCUACAUCUGAAGAUCGCUGUCAUUUCCAUAUCAACACUUCUGAUGGUCAUUCUGCUUCUGAUAAGAAAGAUGAAAAACAAGAAACGGAAGGUUGUGUCAAGUGCUCAUGUGCCACAGGAAGAUGCACGGGAGGCUGUUGAAUCUGAUGACAUCCGACUUGAAGCUCAGCAACCAGUGAGCCGACAUGAAAGGUCGUCGACCCUCUACUCCUCUGCAGAUCCAGACAGCAUCUACAUGAAUUACAGAUAGUAGGUCAGGGUGACAACUACUAUUCAAACAACGUUCCUCUAAAUCAAGCCUCCUUCUCCGGGGUCCAUUCAAGAGGGGCAUCUAACAGAGCAGUCACAGAUCAACAAUUGAACGAUUUAUACUCUGUUGUUCAAAAACCCAAACAGCAUAUCAAACCCACGAGGAAACCAAAUCAUUCCGGAGGCAAAGACAAUGACUCUUUUUAUUCUCUGGCUCAGCUAACAACUUAAAUCUGAUUACGGGGAUGUAACGAUACAUCACGCUACAAUUAAAAAUUGAUAGAAACGUGGACAAUUUUAAUCGUUGAGACAAAAUAUAUAUACUGCAAUAUUCAAUUUCAACCAGAAGGUGCCAUAUUUUGUUUUAUAUAUGCAGAGAAUUUACAAUUUUUAUUUAUUUAUAUUCACUCCAAUCUCAUUUAUAAAAAUGUGAAAUACGUGAAAAAAUAUAUUCUAAACCAAGUAUCGUGAUACAUAUUGCAUCGUGAUGUCUAUCUUAUUCUGAGUUAUCUUUACAUCCUUAGUGGUUGAUGUAAUCAAAGACGGUACAUUCUGCUAUGAUUAAAUAAUAAUAUUAGUUAAAGUGACUUUUUGUGACUUAAACAAAACAUGAUCCAAAGAUCUAAACGACUCUAUGGUCAUUACAUGACAUGUUAUUAAUUCAUUGUACAAAUACCAUAAUUAGGUGAAUAAUUACAGUCGAACUUUGUAUAAAUAUUUUGAAAAAAGACAGAUUGUUAAACGGAUGUCAGACACAAACAAUAAUUCUGUCCGUCAUUACUUUUCCAUUAAAAUAUAUCUCCUGUUGUAAA